AUGGAUCAUGUCAGGCGUGUUCUUUGUUUGACCCAAAUUGUGAUAAGAUGUACAACUUGCAAAGACAAUUACUAUUUGAUUUCUAAUAACACGUGUUCCCAAUGUGAUUCAACAUGUGCGUAUAAUGGAUGCAACAAAAAGACUGGAAUAUGUGAAAUGUGUGCAGUGGGUUACACCAAACAAACAGUAGAUAGUAUUCAAUGUCAAUUGUGUUCUUCUUACGAUCCCUAUUGUUCGAGUUGUUCACAAACCACCAUAAAAUGUACAACAUGUACAACUGGAAAGUAUCCAAGUCCGUCAUCGCCUUUUUCUUGUAUUGACUGUCGCUCCAGUUGUGCAAAUGGGUGUUCAAUUUCAACAGGAGACUGCAUAACUUGUAUAGACAAUUAA